AUGACAGGCUCGAAUAGUAUCGGUUCAUCCACGCUUUCGAUGCAGCAUUCUGAUCAUGCGAAAAGAACAGUUCAACGCCCAGUUGAUGACCCUGCUGCUCUAAUCCUGGAAGCCUGGUCCCAAGGCCUUAUGACGGGUUCACUCGUCAUCAUGGCUGCUGUUACCUAUGCGAAUAUGCGACCAGGUGUUUUGCUGCACAAGUUGAUCUUAUUAGAGUUGAUUCUGGCCCUAGCCCACGGAACAUUCAUAUUUGCCCCGGAUCCUGUGUACGGCUGGUACCUGGCCACAACCGCGAUUGGAUUGAUCGUAUCCUGGUCUUUGCACAAUGUGAUCGCGUGGAUGAAGAACACGCCGUUCAUGGGCCGCAAACUUUCGCUCUUCUACAUCGGCACGAUCAUCCUGGCUCAGCCAUACUGGGCAACCGAAAUUUACGCCAACUUCGCCUACUUCAACAACAUAAACCUUACUGUUUACGAAAAGAUCCGCCCGUGGGAAGCACUAUUUCGCGAUCCGUGGUGGAUUUAUACAACGUGCAACCUCUUUUGGGUGGUCAAGACACAGUACAACUUUGGCAUCCUCGAGUUGGUACGCGAAUGCCCUCGAUUCGGGCUCAUGCUGGUCUCAAUGUGUCUCUCCAUUGUCUUCAUUGUCCUCGACGUUAUCAGCGUGACUGGGGCACUCAAAUCCGCCAUGCCGCUGGGCAUUAACCCUUUUGGAAAGGCUGACGGGUGGUGUAUCCUUCAGCUAUGCUUUAUGUUCAAGUGCCUGUGCGAUACCAUUAUUCUGGACGAUUUCAAGACUGCCCUUGACAAGCUUAGUGCUAGAUGGCUUGCGGAGCUUUCGAGGUUAUGGGAACAACUAGACCAUAUCACCGCCGUAGUCCAGGGCCAAACCCCACGGAGCUCUUCCUCCCAUGAUGGGCGACAGGACUCUUUUGCUCUUACAGCCCCUGGCGCGUCUCUGGGCUUUCCAUUUAUGGUAAUACAGAGUGAAGCAUUCAUGAAUUUGCUUGGCCUCGAGCAAUCCCUGCCUGUGCUCCUCGAGCAUGUAGAGCGCGGCAGAAAAGCAAUCCCAGCUCAAUCAUACGGCGCGAACAUCGUGAUGGUCGAUCUCCAGGAGGCAUCAAUUCUUCUAAAUGCGUUCUGGGAACAGAUCCAUACUUGGUAUCCGAUCCUGCAUGCAGACUAUACCGAGGAGUUCAUCCAGGCAAUAACAUCGUGUUUCCCCACGUCGGUAAAAUCCUGCCUUACUCUUCUCGUCUUGGCCAUUGGUUGCGUCGUGGAAUGCGAGUCCGUCGCUGAUGCCCUGCGGAGCCGCCCGGAAGCAAUAUACAUCGAAGCAGCUAUGAAAAUGCUUCCGUGUGCAUUUGCACACAGUGGCCCACGAAGCGCGCAGUGUCUACUAUUGUUCGCCAUAUACCACCUAUGCCACGGGCAGCCAUUUCAGGCUUAUGAUUUCGUCGCAAUGGCGUCGUAUAAACUGCAGAAUUAUAUCAUAAAUGAACUUGACGCCGACAGUGAUGCCACCCAAAUGUCGAUUCUCGCAAACUGCUUCUGCGAGAUUACAGUCCAGCUAGACCUGGUCAACAGUGGGAUCCGCAACAUGACUUCGUUUGCCCCGGUCCCAACAAGCUCAGGCACCUGGACAUGGCAUUUAAGUCAAUCUUUCGAGUCAUCUACACCCAGCGAUAGCGAUGGUGAGUUCUACCCCCAAAGCAACGAUCUGUCAUAUUUCGUCGCGGAGAUCGCGAUGCGAAAAAUGCUCCAGCGCUGCACGUGGUCGACGAGUACAUUGGCGCAAGGUAGCCAUGUUUAUGCGCCCAUCGUCGCGGCCGAGCUUGAGCGUCAGUUGGACGAGUGGCUACAAUUACUCCCGCAGCAGCUAUCUUUCCGUGCCUCCUCUGCCAUCGGAUCUCACCAGCGGCGGGAUCCGAACUCGGCCCAGGUAGAAUUUCUGCGUACGCAGUACUACGCAUUUAAGGCAUCGAUCUAUUGGCCAGCAGUCUACGAAGCUCUUACUGCGGGAGAGGCCAACAGCGACCUCCUCCGCCAUUGUACGAGAUUUUUUACCAGUUUCGCCGAGUUUGUUCCCAGUGCUGCCGCUGCAGUAGUCGUCUGUAAGCCGAAUCUGUGGACUUUGUGUACAAGUGUGUUUACCAUUUCGAUGGCUGCGCUGGCAGGCCUGACGGAACCAUGCCUGGUUGGGCUUGUUCCUCGGGAGGCUAUUCUCGGUCUGAAGCUAGCAAUCAAAGUCCUCGACGGGGCCGCGGAGGUCAGCCCCUCGCUAGCAGAAAUGGGUGCGAUACUGAAGGAAAGAGUACAGCUCUCGGCCACAGGCUCGUGCAUACAGAACCCAUUUUCAAUCACAACGGAGGGGACGGCCAUGACAACCGAGCCCGACCCGUUCUUUGAUGGCGACGACGAUGUAUCCUACCCCGUUACCUAA